GUCAGUCGCCCCGUACGUCAGGUCGACGCGAAGGCGCAGUGGGUCAGCCGACUUGGAGGGGCGAGGGUGUUUAAAUAAGCUUUAGCGGUCGUGGGCGUAGCCAGUGGCGGAGGUGCGGUUUGGUAGCGGUCUCGUUUUUGCGGGCGAUCGACUGUAUUAUUUUGCCGUGAAUCGGUCGUCGGUCGUUGGUGUUCGCUCCCCAACUCCAUCACCAUGGCUGCUCGCUGCGUUCGUCGGGUUUUGGGUCCCCGUGAUAGAUUUCUUUCGACAACAACAGAAUCACGCUUGACGAGCACGGAACGGCUUCUGAGGCGCAGCGAGCUGUUUGACAAGGAGAAAACCAGGCAGCGAGCACUGGUCCAGCGGGUCGAGAAAAUCGAAGUUAAACAUAUGGGAAUGCCUGAUACUGGAACCGUCUUCAUCAUGAACAAGGGCCUUUCCACUCCCUACAACUGUGCCAUGCAUAUGAGUGAAUGGUGUGUAAAACGUUCUAUACUUGCACUGGUGGAUGGCGAAAUAUGGGAUAUGUAUAAACCCCUUAACAAAUCUUGUGACAUCCAGUUCCUCACUUUCAAGGAUGAGAACCCAGAAGAAGUUAAUAAGGCUUAUUGGCGGUCAUGUGCUAUGAUGAUGGGUUAUGUCCUUGAAACAGCAUUUAAAGAUGAGUACCAUGUUGAACUGAUCAGAGCACCACAUGUACCAGUGAUUUCUGGAGCUUUCUGUUAUGAUGUGGUACUGGAUAGACGGCUAGAUGACUGGACACCCUCGGUGGAGAACUUGCAUUCCCUCACUAAGGAGGCUCACCGGCUUAUUCAUAAAGACUUUCCCUUUGAAUCGUUGGAGGUGGCACCAAAGGUUGCGGUGGAAAUAUUUGAGGAAAACAAGCACAAGUUAGCUGCGAUUGAGGAGCAGGCUUCCCUCCAUCCCAAUAAACUUGUGAAGCUGUACAGGUGUGGUGAUUUUGUAGAUGUCAGCGAUGGACCACACAUUUCCAGGACCAGUGUCUGCUCGCAGUAUGAGAUUACUGCUGCCCACAACCUGAAAACAACCCAGUCUGGACUGGUACGGAGAUUCCAGGGAGUCUCUCUGCCUCUUCAGCUGAAGACCCUCUUCGCUGUGUGGGAAAGGUUAAGGCAGCGAUCCCAAAAACUGAUUACAGAAGACAAAGUUCAUACAGAGACAGUGGAAGCAAGAGCAUCGUGAACAGAUUGCACAAAGAGACAGAGCAGGGGACAUCAACCAACUUGCUUCGAAAAAUAAGAAUUGUAAUUUUAAGUAAAUGGGCUAAUUAUGUACACAGUAAAAUAUGAUAUUACUCUUAUUGAGCUUCUUGUGUUAAAGAGGGAUAUAUGCAGCAAUUUGUAAUCUUGGAAUGCACUGUGUAAGGGGAGGUGGAAGCAGAUUGCAUAGUAACUUUAAAAAGGAAAGUGGAUGUAUAUAUUUGAAAAGGAGAAAUUUGCAGAGUUACAAGGAAAUAAUAGGGAACUGGGACUAACUGAUUAGCAGAUUUAUGCAUGCUAGGCUGAAUGGCCUCCUGUAUUACGCUAUGUAGGGAUUAGGACAAAAAAUGUUAGGCCUGCGUUAGGUUUUCUCUACUUUCUUGAAGACGCUGAUCCUUUGGAUUACAUUUCCAUGGGGCUGGUAGUUCUUGGGUACCCAGCCCUGAAAAACCACACGCCAUGAGUGUGAAACCUCCUGGCACGAACUCUGUCUGCUCGAAGGUGGAAAAUCUGGGUGUGAGUAUUAACUGAUGCUCAAUUUAGGGGGCAUCAUAGCCAGGUCAGACCUUACCUUUAAGGCACAAAGGCAACCUCAAGUAGUUCUGUGCUUAUCUGAGAGAGAGAUAACCUGCCAGUAAGAGGUUGGGACUUGAUUUUCCUCAUAUUUCCAUCUAUUUGUAACUUUUAGGUAUUUAUGAAAAAUUAUUUCUUUGCUGGUGUUUUGGCUAAGCCAAAGUUUUGAAAAAAAAUGUUUUCUAUCCAUUAAUCCUGAGGAUAAUGCAGGGUUCUAUAUCCUGUGACCACUAACUGAAUGGUCACAGCAUUUAUAGGGACAGUUUCUGCCCCCAGGUUAACUAACAGUGCGAGUUGUCAGCUUGGCUCAGUGGGUUUAAGCUCCACUUCAGCAAAUGAUCUGGGAUGACUCACUGGUGCAGCAUGCAGAGAGCACCACCACAUUGUCAAGAGGUAGUGAGACAUUAAACAGACACCCUAUCCACCUGUUCUGUUGAAUAGGUGGAUGUUAAGAUAGAAACAGGAGUAGGUCAUUUAGUCCCUCAAGCCUGUUCCACCAUUCAGUGAGAUUAUGCUGGUGAACUAUCUCCAUAUGCCUGCCUUUGUUCCAUAUUACUUAAUCCUUUUAACAAAAAUCUCAAUCUCAUUUAUAAUGAACAAUUGGUCUAGCAUCAAUUUGCAGACAAGUGUUACAAAUUUCUACAACCUAUUGUGUAUAGAAGUGUUUCCUAAUUUCACUUGUAAAAGGAUGGGCUCUAAUUUUUAAACAGUACUCCUUCGUUCUAAACUCCCCAACGAGCAGAAAUACUUCCAGUCUACCCUAUCUAUUUCCCUUAAAAUCUUAAACUUCGAUCAAAUCGCUCCUGAAAGUUAGAAGGUUAAGGAACAACAACCCUAGGUUGGGUAGUCUCUCCUUGUAGUUUAAUCCUUGGAAUUCAGGCAUUAUUCUGGUAAAUCUGUGUUACACUCUAUUGUUAAAGAUGUCACUACAAUUUGAACAAGAACUCCUGCCCUGGGCAAUAUUCCUCUAUCAGCCAGCACCAUCAUUGACAUAUUAAUGAGUUGCCCACCUCAUUUCUGACAGUGGAAUUACAGAAACAAGUCUAUAAUAGUGUUUAUGUUUCACAUAAGCUGCCUCCUACGAUAACUUCCCUAUCUAAAUCUCUCACCGUAUCCUCGUGUUCCUUUUCACUCGUCUACUUAUUUAGCUUCCACUUAAAUUCACUUCUGCUAUUUGCUUCAACUGCCCUUUGUGGUAGUGAGUUCCACAUUCUAACCAUUCUCUGGGUAAAGAAGGUUCCCCUGAAAUUCUUAUGGAUUUAUUAGUGAUUAUUUUAUAAUUAUGCCCUCUAGUUUUGGACUGCUCUACAUGAGAGAACUUUUCUCUACGUUUACCCUGCCAAACCCCUUCAUAAUUUUUAAGAUGUCUAUAAGGUUACCCGCCCCCCCACCCCCUAAGUUCUUUGCUUUUUAGGAGAGAAGAACCUCAGUCUGUUAUUGCUGUGUGAAAUAGCUGCCAUGUUGGUGCCCAUGCCAAAAGUCGCCACACUUAAAAUGAUUUAUCCACUGUCAUGUGAAGCCCUGAGGUGAUGUGAUGAGAUGCUAUAUAAAUGCCAAGCCCUUUUCUUUGAAUUCCCAAGUGAGGGAUUGCAGGAUAUUCAUUUCUGCCAUGAACGUUGUAUAGUACACUGCCAGACGCCCUGAGGCUAGGUAGACAUUUUUUUUGAGUUGAAUAAAGCAAGUGCAGAAAUAGAAACAAGGCAGGAAACAGGAUUUAGUAUAACCCUCACAUAUUUGCAGUAAUUACUCAAUACAUUCUGAGACUAAAUGAUUCUCUAGACAUGUUUGAAAUUGACUGUAACUUUGGUCAAAGCUGAAGCCUUUAGGUAUAGACUAGAGAAUAAAUAAUAUCGACUGCAAUAAUCAUAAUACAAAGGGUCAGAAUAUUUUUGCUAUGGGGAGGAGAGGGAAUCUCAAACCCACCUUUUCCCCUCCUGUCCUGAAGAUGCCACCUCCUGCAGAGACUUGGUUCCUUGGGUAUUGGCUUUCCUCUGGUAUCUCACUCAGGUGCCCUUUGUCAGGCCUGAAAAUUCUUAAUGAUUUCCUAAAGAUGUAACAACUAGGGCAUGACUUAUUUUGCCAGCUGCAAUAAAAUCCUUUUGUAUGAAGUCCACCAAGCCUUGACCUUCUCUGUCUUUAACCUCCCCCCUCAGCUUAUCCAAAAUUUCUGUUUGACUUAGUGCUUCCUCUGCUUGUCCCCUGCUCCUGUGCUGGAAGUUCAACUUCUAUACUGAUGUCACAAUCUAGAAGAAAAAAAUAAAUUAGUAUAUUUUCUAUCCCUUGAUCAUUUGAAGUGUCAUCAUUAGAAUCUUUUAUUGGUCCCACCAUUUCUUUCUUUUACUCGAUUGUUGUGAAGAUAUAAAAAUGCCUAAUAUUUAUUUUAAUAUUCCCCUGCUAUGCUAAUUUCAUGCUCUCUUUUUUCCCGAGCAGCUUCUUCACCUCCUUUACUUUGUUUUUAUAUGCAUGUUCUUCUACCAUGCCACCUGUUCCUGCUCUUCAAAAAGCUCUUCAAAAAGCACUUCAUUAACUAUAAAGUGCUUUGAAGCUUCAAGAUUGUGAAAGACGCUACAUAAAUGCAAGUUUGUUCUUAUACUAUAGGGACAAUUUUUUUUUCCACACUACCUGCUUAACUUGCAUUGUAGCCUGUAAUUCUUUUCUUCUUGUUUCUCUUUUCUGCUGAUAUGUAUCAGUUCUAUACAAGAUCCAUUUUUUUCUAACAGGACUGUUAUACUUGAGAAGGAAGGAAGCAAAAUAACCUUUCUAAAGUUGAAUGAUGCUAUUCUUUUUUUGCAAAGUUUUGUUAUCACUGUUGUCAUUCUGUUCCCUGGCUCUAACCUGCUCUGCCAUCUCUUGUUAUUUAAUGUCAGGUUCAAUAAUGCUAUUGCUUGCCUAGUGCAGUUGAUCAAUUAUUUCACCCUUUACAGCUUUACUGUAGGAAUUUACAGCACAGAAAAAUCCAUUUGAUCCAUCAUGUCACCCUCUUUCUGGAAAAUAAAGUCAAUCAUAACUACUA